CCGCUGUCAUGGCAACAGAAAGCCUUCAGACGACAGGACACCUGGAGGAGGCCUCUUCCUCCUCUCCCUCCUCUUCCUCACUCAUUCAGUGCUGCUGCUGAAAACUGAAGCCAGUGUAGGAGGAGGACUACAGCUGGUACCGUGAACUUCUGACCCACACCUCCUCAGGUAAACAAAGUGAUGAGACCCAAGAAGAAAAGCACAGCUAAUGGUGUUAUCACCUUCCACACACCUUUACCCGUCAGCCUGCUGAAACCAGAGGAGUGCACUGCAGAAUUGAAGAGCCCCACAGAGAGCAAAAAGAGUCCGUCUCAGCCGAGGAGUCCCAUUGAAAGAAUAAAAGCAAGGAAAAAUGAUGACACCUCUCCAUCUGAGCCACAACUGAGCUCCAGACAGAACUUGCUCUCUCACACCUCCCUCAGACAACUGCAGGUAAAGAUGGAGGCUGAAAAUCAACAGGCGGAAAACAUAAUAAAGCCUUUACUGGAAACUGAAAAAGGUUUUAUUAAGGAGUUGGAGAGGUUUUUCAGCCAGCGGGACGUAACAGAGCUGAGGAGGAGGGAGCUGCUGCACAAACGCUGGACUGAGCGUGUGUGGUUCCCCCUCCAGAGGAGAGUGGAGGAACGUGCGUCCGACUGUGGCCCAGUGGAGGCCAAGAGACGCCAGAGCUUAUUCAGUCACUACCUCCAUCACUGCAACACCAAGGGCUUUGUGUUUCUAGAGACCUAUGAUCUGAAGGAAUACAAUCCUUUUCUUCUUAACAUCACACAGAAGCUCAGUACAGCUGACUUCAAGGACCCAUUCUACCUUCAGUUACAUGAAAGACUGAAGGAUCAGAGAACGGCCCGUUGUGAAGCAGGAUGUAAACACAAACUACCUCAGAGCACUCGUCCUCUUGGUAGAUCUGGAGCAUCACAGGCCGACACACCCGAACAGGCUGCAUCCUUUUAUCACUCAUCUGCAUCGAGAAAAACUACAGCAGAGAGUGUGACCCAAGGAAGAAAGUCCAGCAAGCUGGAAACAGUUCCGUAUCACAUAAGUGCAUCUGCCACACCAGAUGGAAGGUGUAGUCGGCUCGACUGCUCGUUCUCCAGAUGUGGAGAUCUACAGCAACUUUAUCCUACCUAUGAAUAAAAUCACACACAAGUACUCCUCCUCCCUAACUACCUCACAGGUUCUCAAGGUGCUGGACUCAGAUGGACUAUUUUGUGUGUAGGACUUAAGGGAACCAGCAAUAUGAUGGGAAAUACAUUUCAGCCACAACAAAGAAAAAAGAACACUCUGUGUGUACAUUUUAUUUGUGCCACAUUAAGGAUUUAAUGGCCUUAAUUAAGAACAAACCCCAUAGUUACACCAUAGGGUUGAAAUGUUUUCAUACAGUAGUGUGCAACAUCUGUAAUGAAAAAAAUUGCAAGCAUGUGUGAAGCAGUAUGUGACAUCAGUAAAAGUGUAUUCGAUUGAA